GCUCCGUAGACGAUUCUCUAGAACCGCACGGCAUUGGGGACGGUCGUCGUCGGAGCGGUCCUGGUCUCCUCUGAGUUUACGAAAUCCAUCAUGGCAUCGAGUCCAGAGCAAAGAGACUACGAAGAAUCCUUCGAAGAUGCGCCCGAAUUGAAGGUUAACGACGAGCAGACCCUCCCCCGUAGCGACUCGACACGUUCUCUCACCGGCCGUCGUCAAUCGAAUGGAUCAGCAACCACCCCCCGUGCGGCGGAGCACCCUCCUCUGCUCUCUCCCCUAGGCGACGAACAAAAGGGCGACCUAGACGAUGCAGGCUCCCCAACGGCUUUAUCACCACAGUCGGAGGCAGAACGUACACCGAAGAAGAAGGUCAAGUCCCCGCUACUGACGGCUCAUCGUCUGUCAACGACGUCGCUGGACGACGUCAACUUGAAUGGAAUCAAAGAGGAGGAUUCAGAGCAGGAUAGCCCAGUAUCAGAAUCCAAGCCAGCGUCGCCUCCACUGCCCUCUCGAGACUCGACAUCGAAUCAGAGAAGCUCAAUACCGCCCUCCAUCCCCAGUGGUUCCGCUACGACCAACAAGAGCCCACCCCCAGCCGCACAGCCUGCACCACCGACACGAAAGCUCACCAGCCCGUUUUCAUGGCUGUCAAGAAAUUCUUCUGGAGGCAAGGACGUCAAAUCCCCUCCUCAGGCGACCGGGUACAGUCGCAGAAAUACCGGUGCGUCGGUGUCAACUGUCGGCAGUAGCUCGGAGCUGCAUGACGGGGACAAUGCCAGUAUCAGUUCGAGGAAGACAGGAAGAAGUAGCCUGAAGGAUCAAUUCAGAAUACUAAGGAUGCGCGAGGAAGGUGUUCCUGACAACGACCAACUGAGCCUUACAUCCGGCCGGGGUAGUAUCAGUCAUGGGAGCCCCUCCAGCAUACCGGAGGAACAGGAGGACGGGGUGCUCGUCUCACCACCCACCACUGCUUCUGUUCCCCUACCUGCGUCGCCUCUCCCAUCGACAGCGAACCCGGAUUUGCCCCCAGGUACUGUUUCAGGCAUCUCGGCCGCCGCUGCGGAUGUCUCGGCCCCGGUGGACUGGGAGCUCUGGCAGCAGGUUGUUAACAAUGGACCGGAAGCUUUGCAUGGGACAAAUGCCAAUGAACUCAAUGCCGCGAUCAAGAGAGGUAUCCCGCAGACUAUUCGAGGAGUGAUAUGGCAAGUGCUCGCAGAUAGCAGGAACCCAGAGCUAGAGGAAGUUUACCGGGCGCUGGUUGCACGUGGUACCGACAAAGAGAAGCACAUGAGCGUGAGCAGCACUGUCAAUGGCAGUGCCGCUGAGAAUCCAGUGGAUUCUUCGAGGUCCUCUAUCCGCUCAGAAGUCUCGGUUACACAAUCCAACACAGGAGCUUCUUCCCCUUCUCCAACCCAGGAGAAAGACGCCGAGAGACUGGCCAAAGAACAGGCCGCUGCAGAGACAGCACGUAAAAAGAAGGCCAAGGAAGAUGCGGCUGCCCUCCAGAAGUUGGAGAAAGCUAUCAGAAGAGACCUGGGGUCUCGGACGAGUUACUCGAAGUAUUUCCUCUCACAAGGCAAUCAAGAAGCCCUCUUUGGCUUGUGCAAAGCCUACGCUUUGUAUGAUGAAGAAGUUGGAUAUGCCCAGGGUGUCAAUUUCAUCGCCAUGCCUCUACUGUUUAAUAUGGACGAGGGCGAAGCGUUCACCCUUCUCGUCAAAUUGAUGCACAAAUAUGGCCUGCGGCAAAUGUUUAUCAAUGAGAUGCCAGGACUUCAUCUUCAUCUUUACCAAUUCGAGCGUUUGCUGGAGGACUUGGAGCCGGCUCUCUACUGUCACCUCCGCAGACGGAGCGUCACCCCGCAGCUCUACGCUACCCAGUGGUUUCUUACACUUUUUGCAUACCGGUUCCCGCUGCAACUGGUGCUCCGCAUUUACGAUCUGAUCUUUGAAGAAGGACUGGAGAGUACCAUUCUCAGAUUCGGAAUUGCCAUCAUGCAACGGAAUGCGAAGACACUGUUGGAGAUGAAAGACAUGAGUGCACUGUCGACUUUCCUCAAAGAGAAACUCUUUGACGUCUAUAUCGAUCAGCAACCGUCGGCUUCUUCCAUCCUCGAGUCUGGUUUCUUUGGAAGUUCCGGUGGAGACAAGGGGAUCUACCGAGCUGAUGUCAUGGUGCAGGAUGCCUGUGCUGUUCCUCUGACUCCACAGAUGAUUAAAUCCUACACCCAAGAAUGGGAAGAGAAGGUUCGCACGGAGAAAGAGCGAGAAGAGGAGCUUCAAAACCUUCGGCACACUGUUGCCUCGCAGACUUCGCGGAUUCGAAUCCUUGAGGAACACGCGGAGAGAUCUGACAAAGAGCACGUCCAGCUUGCAUCGGAACUGGUUCGUGUGAAGGUAGAGAACGAGGAGCUUCAGGACGCGAACGAGAGCCUGCGCGUCCAGGUCGAUGAACUGAAGAAAGUUGUCGACAAGCAGCCGGCCGAAGUGGAAGAAAAGCUUCGGACUGAGAUGGAGCGCAUCAUGAAACGAAACAUUGAGGUGCAAAACGAAAACCGAUCCAUGGAAGACCAGAUGGCCGAGAUGGAGAAGGACCUGGUUGAGACGAAGAUGAAAUGGGCAGAGGUAAGGCCUUUGAAGCUUUUGAAGUUACCCGUACACCAGGCUAAUUGAUCCAUGGCAGCUAUCCGAGCAACAUGAAUCCCUCAAACAGAAAUGGUCGGACCUUCGCAGAGCGCUGGAUUAACGCGACGAACCUUCUUGUGUCUUCUAUGUCCCUAUGUCCCUGCUGGUUAGAUUUUGUGACAAGAUCAGUGGCGCUCGGCCCAAGCCACAUGUUUUUAUGUUCAAUGUACAUUUUACAGAGCGCAG